AUGGGUGCCAUUGCUUUCUCCAUUAUACUUACUAUUUAUUUAAGCGAUGAUUUGUGUAUAAAUGGUAAUACAGCUAUCACAUUUGAUGAUCUAACAUCUGGAGCAAUUCCUCAUGGUUAUAAUAAUAUAAACUGGACAAAUGCAAACGCUUACACCACAGCGACAAAUACAAGCGGAUAUUACACGGGUAUUGUAAGUGGAAAUAAAACAUCAUACAAUCCUUUUGGUAAUCCAAUGAUUAUGAAAAGUGCCAACAGUAGUCUUUUUACUUUGUAUUCUGCUGCAGCUGCUGCAGCGUGGUGCAAUAAUUUACAAUUAACAGUAGUUGGAUAUAAUUCUAAUAUGAUUAUUGUAAAUAAUACUUUUACUCUUCAAAUUUAUACUUUGACAUAUUUAAUAUUUAAUGGAUAUUCAGGAUUAGAUACUGUUCAGUUUUCAACAUCAAAUGGAACAAGUACUACGGGUGGAACCUGCAGCGGUAGACAGUUUGCAAUGGAUAAUAUUUGUUUAACCUUUACAUGA